UUCCUCUUCAUGUCUUUUAGGGAAGUGACAGUUUGGUGAUUUCCUGUGAAGCAGGAAGUGAAGCAUCGUUAGAGCUUCAGUCCUCAACAUGAAGGCUCAUCUCAUCCUCAUCUUCUUCUCUCUCAGCUCCUUGUUGCAGGACGGUCUCACUGAGUCUGUGUUCACUGGACCUGAAGGAGGAUCUGUCACAGUCAGCUGCUCAUUUUUCUUCUCUGGAGAGACAAAGCUUUUCUGCAGGAAGUCGUGUGGAGACGGAGACGUCCUGAUUGAGACAGACAACGUCUCAGCUCAGAGAGGCAGAUACAGCAUCAGAUACGAAGAAGCACCUGAUCUACUAUCUUAUCGAUUUGUUCAUGUGACAAUAAAAGAGCUGAAGAAGUCCGACUCUGGAAAGUACACGUGUGGUUUGAAGAGACCUCUUCUUCCAGACUCAAACGAAAGGGUUGAGAUCUUCGUCACAGACGCUUCACCUUCUUCAACACCGAACAGGCCAGAGGAACCUUCUCCAACAUCUCUCCCAGCAGCCACAACCACAGCUCCCACCUCCAGCUCUCCUGAAACCAGUGAGCAGUCAUCUGCUCCUCAGACCAUAUUCACGAAUCACAAGAUCACACCUCUCCUGCUGACUGUGAGUGUCAUCAUCCUCAUCAUCUUCAUCAUCACACUCUCAGUGACUGUGGUGGUUUUCUGCAGGAACAGAACCAGUAAACACACAGAGUCUCCUGAACCUCCAGAUGAAGACGAGGUUGAGGCAGAAUACGAGGAGGUGGCAGACGUCAGAGUGACCUCCUCAUCCUCAGUGGAGCAGUUUGAACUUUACUCUCUGGCUCAGUUCAGUGAUCCAAACCGAACCUGAUCCUGAGGUCUCAACAAGGUUGAAGUCGACUCCAUCACGUGCACCGACACUGAGGUGGAGUCUAACCUCAGGGACUCACUCCACAGCGCCCCCUACAGACAUGUGGACACUGUUACUCAGGUACAGAUGAACUGCGUCAGUGGAGAAGCUUCAUGUUCUCUGUUCUCCACUUUGCUUCAGGUUAAAUGUAACUGUAACUAUAACUAUAACUGUAACUAUAACUGUAACUAUAACUGUAACUGUAACUAUAACUGUAGCUGUAACUAUUGAUGUAAAUGUAACUGUAACUCAGUAACUUCAUGUUACAGAUCAUUUACUCUUAAAUAGUAAAUAACUUUUAAGUAAUAUAAUAAACUUUGUAUCUAGUUAUAUGCAUUUGUUACCUCGGGCCUGAAUUACUGUUCUUAUAGAUUUCAAUAAGUCAUGACUAAAAUAUUCUAUUUUAUUCUAUAUUAUACUAUUUCUAUUUUAUUUUAUAGGUUGUAAUUACUUGAGCAUUGCUAGAAGAGAGCCUGUGACUCAAGCUUAAUGUUAUUGUUGUGCAUUUGAUAAUACAAAUUUUGAAUCUUGAAUCUCUUGAAUCCUCCGUGCACACACAAGUUACUCAUGGAGUUCCUCAAGGUUCUUUCCUCGGACCGAUACUCUUCACCUUAUGAGGAGCUCGUACAGCUGGUUAGUUAACAUUCACCUGGUUAGUUAAUAUUCACCUGGUUAGUUCACAAUCACCUGGUUAGUUAACCUUCACCACAUCUGAAGCAGCCGCUCAGUGACUCUGUAGAAGUGAAACACCGAGCUCCUCUGGUCUCAGCUGCUCUGGGAUCAGCUGCUCUGGUCUCAGCUGCUUCAGGAUCAGAGCAGAAGCUGCAGCUGGUUUUCACCGAGCUGGAGUUUCUGUGUCUCCUCCCCCAUCACUGGUUCUCUGGACCUGAUCAGCACAGGAAGUCUCUGAGUGUUGCUUUGAUCCACAGUUUAUCAGACUCAUUGAAACAUCAUGAAGGAUAAUGACCCCUGACUGAGUUCUACUUUAGGAACGUCUCAAGAACAUCGAGGUCUGAAUGACCCAGAACUUCUUAUUUCUAAAUUCAGACUGAGCUCCUUGUUAUUGUCCCUAAACAUCUGACAGAAACACUGUGGGACCAGAUAGUCCCCUUGGUGUUAGUGUGUCCCCAGCUCCACUGUGAGGAACCUGAGUUAGGACCAGGACAUGUGAACCACAUAUAGAACAAGUUUCUAGGACAGCUUUCUUCCACCGGCACAGUAUCAUGAACAUCAAGAACAUCCUGUCUCAGAAGGAACCUGAGGAGCUCGUCCAUCUGUUCCCUCGAGACUGGACCAGUGUGAUUCUUUAUGAUCAGCAUGGGUUCUAGACUCAGACAUCAUCUCUACAUUCAAGGUUAAACCUAAAACGUUCAUCUAUAGUUCUGGAUCAGGUCCUGAAACAUCCCUUAGAUAUGCUGCUAUAGGUCUAGACUGCUGGAGAACUCCCAUCAUGCACUGCUGGAGAACUCCUAUAAUGCCCUGAGGCAAAUAAAGCAAGGCAGUUAUUUGAGUUUGAACAGCCAAACCCAUCUAUUUACACGUUUUCUCUGGUUUAAAGUUCAUUAAAUCAUGUUCCACACAUUAGAAGCAGUAAA